GGCACAGAGCCGAAGAUGACAAGGAAGAGUCGAAAGACGACAAAACCGGCAAUGCAGGCGCCCUCUGUUGGUCAUGCCAGAGUCGGCAACAUGGCGGCCAUCAUGUGGACGUGGAUUACAGCAUUUCUUAGCCUUGUUACGCUAGUUCCCUCUGUUGUCUACGCUGGCACUGAGAGUGCUGUUGGAAAUGGGUUUGGUGAUGAGAUAGAGUGGUGGUCAUUGCCAGAUGGUUUGGCCCAGUCUACGAGCUCAGGGAAACCACUGAUGUUGAUUAUACACAAGUCAUGGUGUGGUGCAUGCAAAGCUCUGAAACCCAAGUUUGCAGACUCAGAGGCCAUUAGGGAUCUCAGCAAAAAAUUUGUAAUGGUCAACGUGAUGGAUGAUGACGAGCCCAAUGAUAGCAAAUACAUCCCAGACGGUGGAUAUAUUCCCAGGAUUCUCUUCCUGAAUCAGGCAGGGGAGGUCCAGACUGACCUCAUCAACCAACGAGGAAAUCCCAAGUACAAAUACUAUUACUCAGAUGCAAAUGGAGUUUUGAAUUCCAUGCAGGAAGCGCUCAAGAAACUUGGCAAGGGUACUGAUGAACUUUAACCUUUGACCUCCACAAGGGCAUCAUUAACCUUCUUGAUAUGGUUUUCACACCACCUGUUGCAUGCUUAUUUAGUUUUAUAACAUAUUAUACAUAGUCAGGAACAUUGUCUUUCGCAGUGUUGUGCAAAUUUCUUUUCUCUAAGCUUAUUUGUAAAUCAGGGGGUUUGAAUAAAUAGCGUUCUGUUUAAAAGUGCCUUGACCCAGUGUUGUUUUCAAGUCCAUCACAAGUCCCUUCACAAGGCCAGUCACAAGUCCCUUUCACAAGGUUAGUCAUAAGUAACGGGGUGAACAAUGACAAAAGAAUGUUUUUGUCACAGAGCAUUUGCAUAGCUUGUGAAUUGGCUUAAGACUGAAUGACUUGUGAUGCACUUGUGAUUGACUCGAUUACAACACUGCCUAGACUGAUGGAUGAUUGAAGUGUCACACUCAUGACCAAACAUUUACUUCAUAGCGAAUGCUAUUGAUUUGCAGCAUUUUGGAGUAAUCCUACAGUGCGUACUAUGUCAUAUCAACUUUACGGGCAUGGGUACAAGGUUGUAUAGUAGUUAAUACAUUGUGGACCAUAGUGUAACAGAAAGUUUAUGUUUUAGUACUAGUGUGAUCACACUCUUAAUUUGUACUCGUACUAAUGACUUAAGAAUGAAGUGAUGUGUUUCUUACUAUUUAAAGUGCGUAAUAUGUAAAAUUCUGGAGUAGAGCAAAAUCUUACCAAUUUGUGUCUGAAAUCUUCCAACAUUUCCCCUUGUUUCAAUAAAUUGAACAGUUCAAAGUUGUCAGAUUCUGAAAAGGAGGUCCUCAGCGAAUGAAAUGUCACACAACAAAGUGUACACAAUAGUGUGUAUCUUUUGCCUUCACACUAAUUCAUGCAAGAUGUCUGCAUUGUGUGCUCCAGAGUUUAACCAAUCCAUGGUAGUCUACCUUCGGUGAUAUAAUCAGCCGACAGCAACUGACCAAUCAAAUACCUUUGUUUGUUUUGACUAGCCUCUCUGAUUGACUGAGGAAAGAGUGGUGUGUGUUUAGCAUAUUUCAGGGGGGGGAGGGGUUGUGCAUAAACGAGACAGAGAUUAAAAUUGAGCUAGUCCACACUGAUUUAAAUGUGGCUUGGUUUAUUUGACAAACGUUUUAGUAACGAUAAAUACAGGAGCAACAUUCAUAAAUUGAAUAUUUAAUAAACCGACGGUUGGAAUUUUGAAACAUAAAUAUUAAAAAAUAUUCUAUUCAAAGAAAGUCUUAGUACAAAUAAAACUGAUAAAUAUUAGUA